CAGGAGAAGGUUUACAGGGACUUACUUCUGAACUUCACAACGUAGGCCAGACGUGAGCGACUGGAACCUUUUUUAGGACCAUAAUCCCCUGGUGUUCAGUCUAGGUUCUGCAGUGUAAAAAUAGACAAAGCAAGUCCAUGGAGAACGCAUGUUUUCCUAUUCCCUUUAAUGCCUUCUGCCAUCUGUGCGCAGGUAUGUGCCCACCCAUCAUAGACAUGGGCAGUCGGCAGCCAUGUGACCACACAGCUGGGUUUAAAAGGCUACGGCCAACAGGAAAGGGCACAGUACACAACUCCCCACUGAGCCACAUCUGACCCGCACACAUCGCACUGUCAGGGUGCUGCAUCCUAGACAUGUCAGACACUGAAGAUGCUUCGUACGAGGAACAAACAGAUGCUGCAGAGGAAUAUGAAGGAGAUGAUACAAAGCCCAAGCAAAAACCCAGCUUUGUUCCUGGUCUGGCUCCUCCAAAGAUCCCAGAAGGAGAAAAAGUGGACUUUGAUGACAUUCAUCGAAAGCGAAUGGAGAAGGACCUGAAUGAGCUGCAGACACUCAUCGAAGCUCAUUUUGAGAAGCGCAAGAAAGAGGAGGAGGAGCUUAUUAGUCUGACGGAUCGCAUUGAGAAACGCAGAUCAGAGAGAGCGGAGCAGAUAAAGAUCCGAGCAGAGAGGGAGAGGGAACGGCAGAACAGACUCGCUGAAGAGAAGGCGAGGAGAGAGGAUGAAGAGGCGAAGAAGAGAGCAGACGACGAUGCCAGAAAGAAGAUGAUUUUGUCCAACCUGACCUUCUCUGGAUACAAACAGACACAGAGUGGAACGAAGAAACAAACAGAGAGAGAGAAGAAGAGAAAGAUCCUGAACGAGCGACGCAAGGAGUUGAACAUUGACCAUUUGUCGGAGGACAAAGUCAGGGAAAAAGCUAAGGAGCUGUGGGAGGGGCUACGUAAGCUGGAGGCAGAGAAGUUUGACCUUCAGUAUAAGUGCACGAAGCAGAAAUACGAGGUCACUGUGCUAAGAAACCGGGUCAGCGAUCAUCAGAAAAUUACAAAGAGCAGCCGGACCAAACGUGGUCUGAGGAAGUAACGACGAGAACAUGGAGGAAAACUGGCUUCACCUGACGUCAAACUAGGAUCUAAAGUAAUACUUGAACACGCUGAAAAAAAAUCUUACAGCUCUGAGGGAAGAACAACAUCAUAAGCUACUCUACUUUUAGAAUAUAGUAACAGAGAAACAAAGACGGUGAGGAUCAGAGGGAUGUUUUGGUCUGGCUGAUCAGAGAAUGUAGAGAAACUCUGUGUGUGUGUGUGUGUGGGUCUGAUGUCUGGAAUGAACAUUUUAGAAUUAAGAUUCACAAUUUGAUGUGCACAUUUGGUCAACAAUAGAUAUAUCAGUGGAAAUACACAAAGUGGAGAUUAUAAUAAAACAAAACAAAAAUACAAAUGUGAUUUUUCUCUUUUUUUUUUCUUGAGAUCCUUUUGGAAAUGUUGUGAUUUUUAGUGUGAGAUUAAAGGUCAUGCAGCAGCUGAGGUAGAAGUUUGAUUUCUCUUUUUUAAUUAGGUCCAAAGAAAUGUUUGUAUGGUGGAGCAGACUUGUGUGUAUCCUUAAAAGGCUCCUGUGUUGUGGAGCAGUGUUGUUGUGCUGUGUGAAUAUGAGCUGCUGUGUUCUCAGAGUGUUGAGGAGAUGAGAACACUCCCACUGUCAACUGAUUUAUUAUCAAAUUGACAAGAAAACAAUUCUGACCUGGAUGUGUUGCAAGGACACUUGGGUAAAUUUAACACAGUUUGAUGGAGCGCUGCCCAACAUGCAGCUGCCACAGACCCAUUCAAACAGAUAGACAACAAACACACUGAGAUCAUGGGCCACCAGAAUAACAAACCAUUCCUGACUUUAUUUUCAGGGAGAACUUUUGAACUAGUGCCUGGUUUGGAAAUAAAAUCCCUUCAACCUCCAACAACUGGGUUACAGAAUUGGUUUAAUGAGGAAGAUGUACUCACCACUGAACUCUAGUCUGAGGUUAAGGUUAGCUGAGCAACUUUCCCAGCAUGCCCUUUCUUCUUUGGGUUAUAAACUAUGGUAACCCAGCAUGACUGGAGUCACAUUACUGCCAUCUACUGGUUUUUGUUUUGUUGUUGUUAACAAAUC